UUAGCAGGAAAUAGCCCGCUAGACCCGUUCAACGGUGGGCGCAGCAUAUAACGGAGGAAUUAAAGGUGUCCUGUUAAGAUUCUGAAAGCAUAGAGAUCCUACGCUUACUGCUUUUGCGGCUGUUCGCGUCCUACCGCCUAUAGGUUUUACAGGCUCAUGGGAAAAAAGUUUUGACUGUUCAGAAGUUUCCAGGGUGUCUUUCCAUUCCUGCAAGUUGUGAAGAGAUACUGAUACGACUAAUAAAAUGCCGAAAACGAUCUGCGUGAGAGUCACUACAAUGGAUGCAGAACUGGAGUUUGCCAUCCAGCCAAGCACAACAGGCAAACAGCUCUUUGACCAGAUUGUGAAGACGAUUGGGCUGCGGGAAGUCUGGUUUUUUGGACUGCAAUACCAAGACACCAAAGGCUUCUCCACAUGGCUGAAACUUAACAAGAAGGUGACAGCCCAGGACGUGCGGAAGGAGAACCCCCUGCUGUUUAAAUUCCGAGCCAAGUUCUACCCAGAAGACGUGGCGGAGGAGCUGAUUCAAGACGCAACGCAAAGGCUGUUCUUCCUGCAGGUGAAGGAAGCAAUACUCAAUGAUGACAUCUACUGUCCGCCAGAGACAGCUGUCCUGCUGGCCUCUUACGCUGUCCAGGCCAAGUACGGUGACUACAAAAAGGACCUCCACACACCUGGAUACCUUUCUAAUGACAAGCUGCUUCCCCAGAGAGUCCUGGAACAGCACAAACUAAACAAGGAGCAGUGGGAGGAGAGGAUUCAAGUAUGGCAUGAGGAACACAAGGGUAUGCUGAGAGAGGACUCCAUGGUGGAGUAUCUCAAGAUUGCACAAGAUCUUGAGAUGUAUGGAGUGAACUACUUUAACAUCAAGAACAAGAAAGGCUCAGAGCUGUGGCUGGGUGUGGACGCCCUGGGACUCAACAUAUACGAGCAAUCCGACAAGAUGACACCCAAAAUUGGAUUCCCAUGGAGUGAAAUUAGAAACAUCUCAUUCAAUGACAAGAAGUUUGUGAUCAAACCAAUUGAUAAGAAGUCACCGGACUUUGUGUUCUAUGCGCCACGCUUGCGCAUCAAUAAGAGGAUCCUGGCGCUGUGCAUGGGGAACCACGAGCUGUACAUGAGGAGAAGGAAGCCUGACACCAUCGAGGUGCAGCAGAUGAAGGCACAGGCCCGCGAGGAGAAGCACCAGAAACAGAUGGAGAAGGCUCUGUUGGAGAAUGAGAAGAAGAAACGAGAAAUUGCCGAGAAGGAGAAAGAAAAGAUUGAGCGUGAGAAGGAGGAGCUGAUGGAGAGGCUAAGGCAGAUAGAGGAGCAGACGAGAAAGGCUCAGCAAGAGCUGGAGGAGCAGACUCGCAGAGCUCUGGAGCUGGAGGAGGAGAGGAGGCGCGCCCAGGAGGAGUCAGAGCGGCUGGGGAGGGAGCGCAGAAUGGUGGAGGAGGCCAAAGCUGCUCUGCUGCAGCAGUCUGAGAACCAGAUGAAGAACCAGGAACAUUUGGCCACAGAACUGGCUGAGCUGACCUCGAAGAUCUCACUGCUAGAGGAUGCUAAGAGGAAGAAGGAGGAAGAGGCGGAUCAGUGGCAGAAGAAGGCUACUUUGGUUCAGGACGACCUGGAGAGGACCAAACAGGAGCUGAAGAGCAAGGUGAUGACGGCCCACGUCCCGGAGCCCGCCGAAAACGAACACGACGAGAACGACGAGAGCAGCGCCGAGGCCAGCGCCGAGCUCACCUCCGCCGGGACCUGCCGGGACCGCAGCGAGGAGGAGCGCAUGACCGAGGCGGAGAAGAACGAACGCGUGCAGAAGCACCUGCUGGCCCUGAGCUCAGAGCUAGCCAACGCUCGUGACGAAACCAAGAAGACAGCCAACGACCUGAUCCACGCAGAGAACGUGCGGGCCGGCCGCGACAAGUACAAGACCCUGCGACAGAUCCGGCAGGGCAACACCAAGCAGCGCAUCGACGAGUUUGAGUCCAUGUGAUCUGCGUCGGCCAAUGGCGCCACUCGAAACACUCCGGAAAAAGGAGACGAUAGCGGGCCUGCUCCACAUGUCUGUUGAUCACGCCUUCUCCCCCCGCAGGAGUCCACAGGUUCAAGCCUGCAUACUUUUUUUUGUGUUCAAGCCUGUUGGCUCGUCCCAUUUGUAAGGAUAGGCAUCAUUUUAAAGUAUUUUCCCUCCAGCAAUACCUGAUUCUGUGGGUGAGAUGUUAUAUUUGUGUGGGAAAAAAAAGAACUGUAUCUAGUGAAAAACAAAGUCAAGUAUGUAUGUCUUUGUACAUAAAUCACACAUAAUCAAUCAGUAUUUGUAAGACUAUAAGAAACAACAGCACUGACCAUCUUGCUUUAUAAAACCAUAUUGCAUUUUUUUGUCUUGUGCUGUUGGAAGGAACACUAAUUAUCAGUAUUUUAGGAUGCUCAGUGUUUUGGCUUCCUGCAGUAAAACUGGAAGGUAAAUAUCAAGGAAUGAAAAAGUGUUUUUCAGUUCAGGUGCCAUUAAUUUUGCAAUAUUCAUGUUCACUUUUAUAUGGAGGUAUCAUUUUCAUUUGCUUUCACAAUGUUACUGUCUCUGGCAUAAAUAAAAAAAAAAAAUAUGUAGGAAACGCAGCGCUUAUGCAGCACUUAAUUUCUUACUCCAAGUUAAGGACAACGUGCAUUGAAGUUAAAUGGAAUGGGGACCUUCGUUUGGACUGCAGUGCAAACCGAAGCAAUACACAGAGGUUACUUGACAUCUGUUACAUGUGUGCUAUGCUUUAAAACAGGACAUGUAUCUAUUGUCAUAACAGGAGUGUAAAUGUAGAAGGACUCUCCUCCCCCAGUGUUAGUUACUUCAGGAAAUGCAUAUUGCCGUUUUUAUUGGCCUUACUUUGAUUUUAUGCUUUGGGAGUGUUGGGAGUGUUGGGAGUCAACAAAACAUUACUGUAACAACCCUCUCUCCUUUUUGUAGCAGGUCCCAUAUUUUGAAUGAUUCUUAUAUCCUGUCUUUUUCUGUUCAUAGCCAUACAUAAUGGUAAUUAAGCUGCAUUUGUGUUUCUAUAUAUAACAUAACAAAUAUGCUGCAACAUAUUCUGUAACAUGAGGCAUUGAUUUAUUGUCUUUUCUUAGGAUUCCAGUUUUAUUUAUUCUUUUUUUUUUCUUUUUUCAAAAAAGGUUAUGAUUUUGUGAACAAAUAUGGAUCUAUUCCCAGAGUCUCUCUGGAGCUUUCUGUUAAUUAGAAUACAUAUACUGUAUUUUCAAACUAGUAUUCUGUCAUAAAAAAAAUAAAGACACUGGGCCACGCCUUGUUUUCCAGUUAAAAAAAAAAUAAAGUGUAUUUCCAAACUGUCAAUAAAAUAUGAGUAAAGCCA